CGAUAUAAUUUGCUUGGGAACGCAACCGGUUAAUGUUAUUGUGAUAGCGUUUAACAAUGGUCGAAUAGACGUUUGCCUCGAAGUUGAUCGCGUGGAAGCUUUGUGGAAAAUUGAAGGCGUAUCAAAUAUUGAUAAUCCGACCUUAAUACUAUAUGAAUGUAUAGAUCUUGGUUUCGUAAAGAAUUUUGUCGUUCCUACUUCAUGGCGAAGCCAACGCAUAACAAAUUCUAUGAACUAUCCAAAUUUGGUACAGGAUCCAUUUUAUGCAGAUACAUUUUAUGUAUAUCAUUUUGCAGGUGUUCAUGGCAUAGUCCUCAGAGAAAGUCUGAAGUUAGCUGGAUUACAGGAACGUUACCAAGGUUGUGAUCCAGAUCCUCUUAUUGGAUUAUCAGUAAUGAGUGAUGUCCAACUCUCUUAUGCUGUGUUAAUGAUAUCAUCAUCAUUACAAUUGAUUUAUCACGAGUUGUCAAUUAGAAAAGUAGAGAAAAUAGAAGAUAUUUAUCGAUCUCGAUUUGAAAAUGAUGUUAUAAGAAACAUAAAAUACAAUUCCGAAUCAACUCAUCGUUUCCCCGAAUUAUUGAUGAAAUAUUUGAAUUAUCAAGGCCUUACACGUCAGCCAAAACUUGUUUUACCACGUGCCCAACAAAAAGCGGGCGGUGCUGGCUAUGAGAUUGACACAGAAUUUCUUCAAUCAAUGAUGGAUGUUAUGCAACAAGAAAUAUUUGAAAUGAAAGAAGCUAUUAAGGCUCUUCGUUCGAGGGUAGAUCAUCAAAGUGUUGAGUUUCGACGUCAAAUCACUGAUCUUAUGGGUAUCCGACGCUAUUUAAAUGAAUUUUCCAACCAAAAAUGCCCAGAGUUGUCGGAUCGUUUGCAAAAUCUGAAAGACAAGCAAAUCAUUCUUGAACGUAGAGCGGAUACUGUCCUUCAGAGAUUAAUGUAUCAGAAUGAUCCUAUUCCAGGUGAAUUUGAAUUGCAAUAUUAUGAAGAUUUAGAGAAGAUACGUGAUGCCAUCGAAGGCGGGAACGGAUUACGCGUUAAAAUUAAACAGCUUCAGACACGUCACAUAGCUUUGAGUCAAGAUUACCGACUUUUAUCACCAAGACGCUCCCUUAGACAAUCAAAAAGAUUAGUUAUUUUGAGUGGAAGUCAACUUAAUAAAGUAGAGGACGCUCUUAAUAAAGAAAUGGAUCUUAUCGAUGAUACUACACGUAAGAUCGAGAAGACACAGGAAAAAUUAAAAAGGGUUUGUGAAGCGAAAUCAAAGGCUUGA